UCAUCACACACUCAAAAACUACCAAACAAACAUAGCAAGAAUAUUAAGGCAAUUAGUUUAUUUAAUGGAGAGAAGAGAAGACCACUACUCAAACUACUUCGUCCAAAGCCCUUCAUCGCUAUCCCACGACCUCGAGUUCGAAUUCCAGUCCCCCACUCGAUCUGACUCAGCGCCAUUGGUCCUAUCCUGCGUCAAUGAAUUCCCCAAGCACUCAGAUUUCUUGAGAAACUACGGAAACAAAUUAGUGUAUGAGGAUGAUGAGAAAAUGUUGGUGCCAUUGCGGAGCUCCAAUUCGGGUUGGUGGAUCGUUCUGCAAAUAGGUUGGAGGUUUUUGUUUAGCUUAGGAGUGGCAUUGCUUGUCUUCUACAUUGCUACUCAGCCUCCUCAUCCUGACAUUUCUUUUCGAAUUGGAAGUUUUAAUCAGUUUAUGUUAGAACAAGGUGUGGAUUCACAUGGAGCGUCGACUAAGUUCCUCACUUUCAAUUGCUCUACCAAGCUCAUAGUAGAUAACAAGUCUAAUGUCUUUGGCCUUCACAUUCAUCCUCCAUCUAUCAAAUUCUUCUUUGGCCCCCUCAACUUUGCAAAGGCGCAAGGACCUAAACUAUAUGCGUUGAGCCAUGAGUCGACAACAUUUCAGCUCUACAUAGGAACAACGAACCGGGCAAUGUAUGGGGCAGGAGCGGAGAUGGAUGAUAUGCUUCAGUCGAGAGCUGGAUUGCCUCUAAUACUGCGGACAAGCAUAAUUUCCGACUAUCGAGUUGUCUGGAAUAUUAUAAACCCUAAGUACCAUCACAAGGUCGAGUGUUUAUUGCUCCUUGCUUACAAGGAGAGGCACAGCCAUGUUACAAUGAUAAGAGAAAAAUGUAGAUUGGUAUCUUGAUCAAAGAUUAUAUCCAAAGAGAUGCCAUACUUAAUUAAUUUUCCAUAUAUAU